CAAUGUGCGCAUCUUCUUCCUCUAUCUCUCCGGCGCAUCUUCUUCCGGCCGUGUUAUACCGCUAUAUUCAGGCCUCUACCAUCUAAAGAUUUCCUCCACAUCACAUCAGCGGGUUGCAGCUGUUAUUUUAAGGAUGAAGGGAAUAAGGUUGGCAGUGUUUUUCAGCGUGAUUCUGCUGGCCAUUGUCCUUCUGACGGAGGCAGCGCGGAACAGGAAAGACUCCAGCAGUCAGAACAGCUUGAGGAAGGCGGCAAAUGGGGUCUAUCAAACCCUGAGCAAUGUCUUCGGAGAGGAGAAUAUCAAGGCUCUGUACAAGUUCUUUUCGAAGACCUCAGAGAGUUUCGUCCAUGGAGUUGAUUCAUUAUUGGACACCUUGUGGAAACUAUGGGUGGAUCUUCUGGAUGUUAUAGGGAUCGACGCUUCUAACCUCACUCACUACUUCAGCCUAUCCUCCAUUUCCAGUUCACCGGCUCGUGCUCUCCUCCUGCUGGCAGCCUUGCUGGUGGCCUACUGGUUCCUGUCUUUGUUCCUCAGCGGCUUCUUUUACGUGCUCCACUUAGUGUUUGGCCGCUUCUUCUGGCUGGCACGCGUGGCACUGUUCGCUCUCUCUUGCCUCUACAUUCUGCAGAAGUUCGAGGGUGACCCGGAAAAGGCGGUCCUGCCUCUGUGUUUCAUCAUGGCUGUGUACUUCAUGACUGGACCUGUGGGAGCAUACUGGCAGAAAGGGGGCGGAUCCGCAACUCUGGAGGAGAAGAUCGACCACCUCGAUACCCAGAUCCGCCUUCUCAGUAUUCGCUUGAGCAGAGUGAUUGAAAACCUGGAACGCUCGAGUGACCAGUAAAGCAAUGGGAAUUUUUUCCCAACCUGAGAAUUUUCUUUCUUGCCCCUUUUUCUCAGGAUUUCAUCAAUGCAAAGACUUUUAGUCAGGCAAGUUGAUCAUACGUUUCUUUAAUUCACCAGUCAGAAGACUAAAAAGGUUUCAUAACAUUCAUCCUGUCGAUGUAGAAUAAAUCGCUGUCCGUUUUAGACUGCAGCCAUCCGAGUAAAUGUCAAGACUUUUUGUAUGCUGUGGAUCUGUGUGUUAUAGUAAGUUUGUGCUUUCUUUGUUUAUUUGCCUUGAGUGUGUUACUCCAUAAGCUUUGUUUUAUUAGUGUAUUUGCAUUUGUAUAUUUAUCAGUCAUGAAGGUAAAUGUCAUAAAGUUAGAAACACUCACAAGUGUGAAUGAUGGCCAGAAUCACUGCGUUUUAUCUCUUUUCAAUGAGGUCACCAGGGGUCACUCUCAAUUCAGGACCGUCUAGCGCUAUCAAUGGUAGAUGUAUGUAGAAAUCACUUUCAGAAAGCAACUAGUCAGCAGACCGUGAGGAUAUCUGACCACUGUUUCUGGCAGAAAUUUUACGGUGCUGCAAUGCACCCUGGUAUCUCUGUCCAAAAGAAAUGUGGUUCUCAUGUGGUAAGAUUACCAAGUACAGGGUAAAACCUGACCAUGCACUUUGUUCUCAGCAUGUGAUCAUGAAUAACACAAAUUUUGGGUGGUUUCAGGUGGGCCGAUUGUCCUUUCUUGACCUUAAGAGGUGUCUGUGCUGUGUAUACAUUGUAUUUUAAUAUACUUGUAUAGAAAGGGAUUGAUUUAUUCAUCUUUUAUCCCACUAUUGUAACUAGGAUCUUAUUUAUACUGUAAUUAUGAAAUAGGUUAUUGUAUUGAUAACAUCUCUAACUGUAAUCGUAUUGUUAAAUAUCAGCCGACCAGCUGACCGCCUGUUUCAGAAUGCCUCAUUAUUGCACGUCCGGCUGUCUUUAAGAUCUAACCCGUGUCUUACCUCUAAAGAUUUUGAUGCAAAUUUCACUUUUUGUUUUGCUUUUGCAAUUAGAUUUUACAUCCAUGUAUAAAUGUGCAUGCUACUGAAAUUUUGCUUGUUUUUAUGCAUAUGUUUUAAACUUUCAUUCCCUACUUAUAAGGCGGAGUAUUUGGAUUAUUUUAUAUUUUUGGUUUGUUUCAUUUUUUUUUUUUUUACAAUAUUAUCAAGUAUUAUGUAUGGUCAGUAUUGAAGUUUCAUUCCACACUCUAAAAAAAGAAAGUUACAAAUGCUGUCGCUGGGGCGAACCCUUUCGAUAAUGACAUAUUGUGGGUGCAUACUAGUACUUUGUAGGUACAUAUUGGCUUAAAGUUACUUAUCUUUACGUAAAUGCCACAUAUUAGGAACUUUUUAAAUGUUACCAUCCCAGCGACAGCUUUUGCAUUGUUUUUUAUUUAUUUUUACGUUAGUGAUACACUGUACUUCAGAAAAUUCUUUGGAAGUAGAUUAUGUUUAAAAACUGGGAAUAUUUCAUAUUUGCGUCACCAUAUUCUGAGUGAAUCGUGCAAAAAACAAUUAUUGUUUUUUUCUAAUACACUCUCAGAAAUUAAGGUACAAAAGUUGUCACUGGGACGGUACCUUUUAAAAGGGUCCUAAUGUGUACCAUUUUGGUACAGAUAUGUACUUUUAAGGUACCAGUAUGCAGCCCUAAGGUACCAAUAUGCACCUUUUAUGUAUAAAAGUGUAUUUGAAGAGUUUCGUUGCAAAACGAGAUAACCACCGUUUUUUUAAUUGUUCAAAAAUCUCGUUUUUUGGUUGUGCAUUCCAAUUAAUAUCAAUGCAACUGCAGCUGGUUUGUUUUGAUUUAAACCUUCAUAACUUGAAAAAUACAGCUAAGUAACACAAUAAAACAAAAAUAAUAACAUCAUAACAUAAUAAUAAACAUGUUUUGACAAAAAUGUUAAAAAAUGGAUUUAUCUCGUUUUGCAACGAAACUCUUCAUUUUUUGAAAAGGCACCGCCACAAACAACUUUUGUUCGUUCUUGUACUUUUUUUUUAAAGCGUACUAAAGAUGUACCCAGCCUGUUUAAAGCUACACAAAUUGAAUUUGAUAGCUGUGUCAUUCACUAAAAUUACAAACCCUUUUUACUGUGCGUUGAGUGGAUGUUACCUUAAAAUCAUACAAUACAAGCACCAUCAGCUUUAGUGUAAUUUACCAAAUGAUAAACACUCGUAAUAAUAAUAAUAAUGUACCAGCCUUAUUGUAAAAAAUACUAUCUGUGUGGAUAAGUAAACACUCCCAUAUAUAGAUAAAUUGUCAUGUGUCGAUGUGCUUGUGAAUGGUUUUGCCACAGUAAAACACUGAAUUUGUGUACUGUCGAUUGUUUUAUUACAUUGUUGUGAAAUCAAACAUGCAUGAAUCUCAUUCCAGCAGUGCAGCCGUGAUUUAUUCUGGGAUUGCAUUGCAUAUUUGACCAGCUGUUUUGUUUGACCAACCUCAUUAUCGCAACACUUUUUAAAUCCUCAAACAUUUUGAAACAUCAUGUAUGUAAUAUAUUAGUAUCUAAGCUUUUUACCUCAAAGAUAGAGGUAUACUACUGAGUUUACUGCAAAGACCCAGUCAAAGUGUCUCUUAGAUCCCGAACAACUGCGCCCGUGCCAACUAUUGUGCAUUAUGUUUUAUGUCUAAAUUCAAAGCACUGAAUAUUUGUGAAGUCUAGAUCUUAAGUAUCUUUGCAUACAGUAGUAAACCCCUAGAUUUCAAUCAGGUUUGUACUGCAUCAUUUUCAUCAAGAUUGUCACCUGCAGUGUUGCUUGCUGUGGUAUUAUUUGCGCUGUCUGUAUCAUGUUGUGUGUUAAUGAUACAUGUUUUAAAAAAAGUUUUUCUCUAAGAUGAAAUGGUGGUCCAAAAAUGAUUGAAUAAAUGUGAUUUGAUCAACA